AGAUGAUGUAUUAUUAUGAGUCCUGAUACUUUGCUUGAACAACGACGACGAUUUGCUUAAAAGCUUACGCUGAUGUAUUUAGAGUAAGUGAAACAUGUCAGUUUGCAAAGCCGAUCCCUGGCAAGUGAAAAAUAAUAGCAGUAAACCAGAAAACGGAAAUACCGAAGUGAUUGAAAAAUUCGAAGAUAAUUUCAACCCUAAUAAAUUAGAGAACAGACGCAAAUCCGAUUUCGACGACAGGAAAACCGAGAGUAAUGUUACAGGCUCACAACGCAUCGAGCCGCUGCCAGAUUCGGCAAACUACUUGCAAUUGCUAGAGCGAAAACUGGAGAAAGUGCAAAAGGGCAACAAAUUGUUGGACUCGCUGCAGGAGAAGAAACAGGAUUGCAUGCGCUCCCUGCUAGCCGCUAACGGUGUGCCAGAGACAACGCUCGAGCAGCUGCUCGAUUUUGAUACGCCCAUCGAGAGCGGUCGGCUGCAUCGUCACCUGCUGCCCGUCCAGGCGGUAACCGUGGGCGAAACAUUGCAGAUCGUGCAAUACGACGCUCUCGCGGAACAGACCGUAGAGAUCGAGCAACAAGGGCAGCAAGACGACGAGGCGGAAAAGGAAAUUAACUAA